AAUAAGGAAGUGGUCCCACCUUCCUUCCCACACACACCCACACACACACACACGGGACGGGACGGGACGGGACGUGAGCGAAAGACUCUCUCAAGGGAAUGCUUGCUCUUACUUCUGGCGGCUUUAACACACACUCGCAGCGUGCUAUGAGGCCCGCCCGACCGUGACCAUGUACGAGGUGAUGUCCGGCGACACUCUGUCCUGGAAGGCGCCCAGCCCGAGACAGAGCGAGGACGAGCCGCCCGCCAACUCGCUGCAGCCCGCCGGCACCGGCGGGCCCGUCAAGAUCCUCAAGGUGUGCUUCUGCACGCACAAUACCCUGGGCAAGAACUUCAAGCUGGUCAAAUGUGACAGCUCCUGGCAAAUCAGGGCGAUUAUCCGCUCCAUCUUGAUCAGUGGGCGUCUGGGUCCAAACGUGGAGCACGGCGCCUGCUACGGCCUUCUGCUCAAGCACCUGAAAUCCGAGGAGCUCCACUGGCUGCAUCCCGAGCUGACCGUGGGCCAGGUGGAGCAGCGCUAUGAAAGCCACCACGUGGAGGCCGAGUGGAGGUAUGACCUUCGCAUCCGAUACAUCCCCGUCAACUUCCUGGAAAAGUUCAAAGACGACCGCUCGACGCUGGUGUACUUCUACCAGCAGGUCCGAAGCGAUUACAUGCAGUACCACGCCAGCAAGGUCAACGACAAAAUGGCGUUGCAGCUCGGCUGCUUGGAGAUCAGGAGGUUUUAUAAGGACAUGAACGCAAAAGGACUGGAGAAGAAGUCCAACUUUGAGCUGCUCGAAAAAGAGGUGGGCUUGGACCUUUUCUUCCCUCCGACGCUGAUUAACAGCAUGAAGUCCAAGCAACUGCGUAAGCUGAUCCAGCAGACGUUCCAGCAGUUCGCCACGCUCAAGGAGGACGACUGCAUGGUCAAGUUCUUCGAGACGCUCAAGGAGUUUGCCAGCUACGACGAGGAGGUCUUCCCCUGCGAGCUGGUGCAAGGUUGGAGCCUGGCCGUGGAACUGGUCAUCGGUGGGCGGGGCAUCCGCCAACGCACGCAGAAGAACGCGGCGCCCGUCUUUCUGGCCGACUUCAAGCAGAUCAAGAAGGUGCAAUGUCUGCCUCAGAGCAACGGCAAGGCUCUCAUCAAUCUGGACGUGGAAGGCGCCAGACAACACUUGACCAUCAACGUGGCCAGCGUGCCCGUCGCCGAGAACAUGAUGGAUCUCAUCGACGGUUACUGGCGCUUGGAGAACGACUCGGAGGACUCCAUCAUUGACAGACAAAAUCACGAUUCCAGCACAAGGAGCUCCCUCCCUGAGAUUCCAACUGGAAAAAUGGACAGCGCCCCCACGCGGCACAGUAUGGGGUCGGACAUCUAUUGCGAGAUUCUGGACGAGAGGCCCAGAUCAGCCGUCAAGUACGGCAUCGACCGCGACGACAUCACCCUCGGGCGACUCCUGGGCCAGGGCUUUUUCGGCGAAGUCUACGACGGCGUUUACGCGGCGGCGAAUGGCAAGCAGGUCAAAGUGGCCGUCAAGACUUGUAAGGACUGCUCGGCCGACGUCAUGGAGAAGUUCAUGAGCGAAGCGGUGAUCAUGAAGAACCUGGAUCACCCUCACAUCGUUAAGCUCAUCGGCAUCAUCGAGGAGAACCCCGUGUGGAUCGUCAUGGAGCUUUACGAGUACGGAGAGCUCGGCAACUACCUGACGCAGAACCAGAACCAGCUGAGCAACACAACCUUGGUGCUGUUCAGCCUGCAAAUCUGCAAAGCGCUGGUCUACCUUGAAGGCGUCAACAUGGUGCACAGAGACAUCGCAGUUCGAAACGUGUUAGUCGCCAGUCCCGACUGCGUCAAGCUGGGAGACUUUGGACUCUCGCGCUACAUCGAGGACGAAGAGUACUACAAAGCAUCGGUGACGCGAUUGCCCAUCAAGUGGAUGGCGCCGGAAUCCAUCAACUUCCGACGCUUCACCUCAGCCAGCGACGUCUGGAUGUUCGCCGUGUGCAUGUGGGAGAUCCUGAGCCGAGGCCAGCAGCCUUUCUUCUGGCUGGAGAACCGAAACGUCAUCAACCAGCUGGAGCAGGGCAUCAGGUUGCCCAAGCCCGACGACUGCCCGCCGGCGCUCUACUCGCUCAUGACGCGUUGCUGGUCCUACGACCCCAGAGAGAGGCCCAACUUCACCGAGCUGGUGAUCAAGAUCAGGGACGUGCACAAGAUGGAGAAGGAGCAGGAAGUGGAACGCAAGCGGGACAGAGCGCGCUCCACCAAGUACUUUGACGCCAAGAUCAACUUCACCGAGCCACCUCCUAAGCCGUCAAGAAAGAAAUCGGGGCGUUUUGGGAACACGCUCAGCAUCGGCUUGCACAUUCAGUUGAACGAAGCUCUGUGCGCCAGCUCGCCAGACCUGGCCGGGCCGUGUGACUAUCAGUCACCCGUGGACUCCAUGAACACUCAGCCAAUGCCCAUCAGGUCUCCUCGACGUCGCAGCAUGGGGGAGAACGAGUUUCCCCGCGUGGAACCCAACAGUCGUGAGGACGCCCAGCUCCUUUGGCAGAUGGAGCGCCAGCAAAUGCGCGACACCUUACAGCGCCAGAAGGCGCAGAUGGAGGCAGACAAAAUGUGGCUGGAGAAAGAGGAGCGACUCCUGGUGGGGAACACAGCCUCGCUCGCGUUUGUCAACUCCCUCACCGUGUCCACCUGGCCUCCGCCAGUCCCCCUCGACCGCCCCGUUAGUCUUAAGAUCGAUGUGCCCCUCUUGAGUGUCCCAAAGCAAGGCUCCAUGUCGGUUUGCUAUCAAAUGAACCUGCCUGUUCUUUUGCAGGACCCCAUAGGACCAGAAGAAGCCCCAGCACAAAUGCCAGAUGAAGCACAUGCUGAAAAUGGCCCACCAUCAAAGCCUCCUCGGCUCACAGCGCAGCCGGCGCCCACCGCCGAACUGGACCGUUCCGACGACAAGGUUUACCCGUGCGUGAUGAACGUGGUCAAAGUUGUGGUGCAACUCAAGAACGACGUUGUGGACAUGCAGCCUGAGCAGUACAUCACGGUUGUGCAGUCGGUGGGGAUGGCCUUGAGAGAACUGAUCAGUAGCGUGGACGACAUCCUGCCCACUCUGCACGAGUCUGUGCGCACCGAGAUCGAAGGCACCCAGAAGCUGCUCAACAACGACAUGGCCGAGCUAAUCAGCAAAAUGCGUCUGGCGCAGCAGAACGCCAUCACGUCGCUGCGGGACGAGUGCCGCAAGCAGAUGCUGGCGGCGGCCCACAACCUGGCAGUGGACAGCAAGAACAUGCUGGACGCCGUGGACCAGGCCCGAGUGCGGGCCAACCUGGCCAAGCCCGUCCAGCCCUGACUCACCGCCGCAACCUUUAAAUUAUCUCCUCGCUCAUCUGUACAUAUGUCCCUCCCAUACGCUGUACAUCCUCGCGUGCGUGUGCUCGUGUGUGUGUGUGUGUUGUCGUUCAACAAAAUGGGGCCUCUCCUCACCAAAUACAUUUUAGGAUUUUUAAUAACGAGAGCCUCGUCAACAGUUUGAUUUGAGAUAUAAUGUGUAACAUACUUUGACGCCACCUAGGACACAACGGUAGCGGUAUAGAUAAUAAAGUAGUCCAAGAAAAAAAAAAAA